AUGGCUUGGAGAUCCUCUGGCUCCUCCAACCAAUCUCUCAUCGACAACCUUGAGCAAAAUGGGCUGAUAGAGACAAAACGCGUCAAAGACGCCAUGCUGCAGGUCGACCGCGCGCACUAUGCCCCGAGAAACCCCUACGACGACAGACCACAGCCCAUAGGCCACAAAGCCACCAUCUCUGCACCACACAUGCACGCAAACGCAUGCGAGUCGCUGCUAGACUACCUGGAACCUGGCGCCAAGGUGCUCGACAUAGGCUCGGGCUCAGGGUAUCUUACAGCGGUGCUGGCGAACCUCGUUGGACCGAGUGGGAGAGUCGUGGGCAUCGACCACAUCCAGCCCCUUGUUGAUAUGGCCAACACCAACAUGGCAAAAUCAGAACAAGGGAGGAAGAUGCUGGAGUCUGGCCAGGUCAGGUUUGUCACAGGAGACGGCCGGAAAGGGUGGGAAGAGGACGCGCCGUACGAUGCUAUACACGUUGGCGCCGCUGCUGCAGAGCACCACAAGGAGCUGACAGACCAGCUGAAAGCACCCGGACGGCUGUUCGUGCCCGUUUCUGAUGGACCCAGCCAGCACAUCUAUGUUAUCAACAAGAAGCAGGACGGCAGUAUCGAGCAGAACAUGCUUUACGGGGUGCAGUACGUGCCCUUGACCGACGCACCAGAGUAG